GUGGUGGUAACUGGAAAGAGAUCUGUGUCGGAGAUUUGUUAAAAGGUUGAGGAGAGAGAGAGAGAGAGAGAGAGAGAGAGAGAGAGAGGAUGAGUGGGACCGAUGCGGGGAAGACGGGCAAAAUAGCGGUGUGGUGGGACAUGAAGGACUGUCCGGUUCCAGAGGGUAUUGAUGCUCAUCGUGUUCGUCCGAGCAUAGAAGGUGGGUUCAGACAACUAGGCUACUCUGGUCCUGUCUCCAUCAGAGCCUAUGGAGACCACAAACAAACCCCUGACCACCAGCUACAAGCUCUCUCUUCCACUGGAGUCGCGGUGGUACAUAUCAGAUCUGAAAGCACGUGCGCAGUCAUGUAUAUGGAUAUGGUGAAAUGGCGAGAGGAUAAUCCUCCUCCGGCUACAAUGAUGAUGAUAACCAAUCAGAUGCUAGAUGUUUUCCAUUGGGAUCUGGCCCGGCUUCAACAACGCACGACUUACAACCUUUUUCUGGCUUAUUCAGUCCAACCUCGCGCAGUAUUGUACGUUCACACUCGUAAAGAGUGGCUCUGGGAAAAAUUACUACUUGGGACGACUGCGGCCGUGACAAGCAGCAGCGCAGACACGGCGGAUGAUGCCGUGUUUCACUGCAAAACGUGCUCUUUGGAUUGCCUAAGCCUUAAGAGUUUCAAGGAGCAUCUCUCCACUAAAAAACAUGCACUAGAAGAGGUUUUACACCCUACGCCUACACAAAUCAUAUCUGUAACGAGCAAGUGGGGAAAGAACUAUGCUGCUACGCCUGAAUAUGCGACAGCUAAAAUCCAUGUGUGUUGGAACAUGUCUGAAUGUCCUAUUCCCGACGGUUACGAUGCUCGUCGGGUCCGUCCCAGUUUGGAAGGAGCGUUCAAGGAACUAGGCUAUUCUGGUCCUGUCUCCAUCACUGCCUAUGGUGACCAUAAAAAACCCCCAAAGGCCACCUUGAAGCCCUCUCUUCCACUGGAAUCGAUGUUGCACAUGUCAUUCAGGAAGUCAUAUUCUCGCGCAUGUCUAGAGAUUUGAGGAAUUGGGGAUAUGACAAUCCCGCUCCGGCUACAAUGAUGAUCAUAUCGGAUGGCGCUGAGUAUGUCUUUGGAGAUACUAUUGCCCGGGAACAACAAUUUAAUAAGUACAACCUGUUUUGGGCUUAUUCUUUUAGGCCUCUGAAAAUGUCAAUCCUGCUCACUUCUGCCGAGUGGCUCUGGGAUAGCUUACUUGCAGUUUCAGAGACAAGAAGACAUGAUUUCCUUCGGAAGUGCAGUGGAAGUAGUAUUGAAAGGGUUGGUGAAUCUGCCGGAAUGUUUUAUUGCAAAGUGUGCUACUCUGAUUUCAAAAUCCUGGAUGAAUUCAUCAGACAUCUCUGGACUUUAAAUCAUCUCUGUGAUGAGGAGGAUAUUCGUGAUCGUCUUCGACAUAACAACAACCAGAGACUGCUAUCGCUUGCGAAAGCUCUUUUCCCAGAGAGCAAGCUGGUUGAAGCAAGCUGCCCAGAAGAGGUUGCGACUGAAGAAGUGAUCAGAGUUUUCCUAUGAACCUAUCUUUAUUUUUCUUGUUCUGGUCUUAUGUUUCUCUGCUUGAAGUACUUUAUUUACUUUUCGGACUUACUUUUUUCUCGCUUGUUUAAUUCACCAAACAAUAUAAGUUUAAUCGUGUUACUGUAUGUGUAUUUGCAAUGGGCCUAACGGUUAUUAUUUUAGUGUUUCUUUACGAUGCUA